AGUCAUCCGAGAGUUAACUGGAUUUUAAUAUUCUUCUCUGGGCUAAUAAUCCGAAUGAUCAUUGAUUGCUAAAAGUGAAACUCAAAUGGCAAUCGAUAUAAAUCCACUCAUUGGUUUUUCUUCUGUUUUUAUUACAUGUUUUAGGUGAUUUAUCUAUUUUUCAUUGGAGUGCAAGUGGUAAAAGGUCGUGAGAGAGGAGUUUGUUGUUCUCGUGUGGGUAUAAUCGCACCGAGAGGGAGAGCAAUUGCAAAGGGGGAGAGAAAGUUUCGUCCGUGAAGCUAUAUAGGAAAAGCCAGGAACGUGCCUGAAAUCUGUCUCCUUUGGAUUUUAACAUGUGUUAUAAAAGUGUGGGGUAACAGUUACUCUGCUUUAUCCCUCGGUAAAUUUGCUUCAUGUAUUUUAAAUAUUUUUACGAGUGAUGAAUUAACGGGUGGACCAACUGUGGGCCCAUGAGGCCGAUAUCCCUGGAGAACCUGAGGAGGCUCGUUGGACGAAAGAAGGAUCGUAACGAGCCAUCCUUCAAACGUAGCGAGUCCUUCAAGAGAAUAUCAAUAAGGAAGAGCUACCUUGAUCGAGGGAAGAGGAGGAAUAAGGCACUUCAGAGAGUCAAUGACGUACAAGCUAAUCAGACAUCACAGGUUGUCGAUGAUGUUAAAAUAAUUGUGGAUGAACCGAGAAAAUUUAAUGAGGAUAACGAAACAAAGAGUGUUGCAUCAACGAAUAAAUCAAAAAUUUCUGCUCGACGUACCAUAGCUUACGACGACUGGCUCAACGAUGUUAACAGCACGAGUGCUAAUGAAAAAUUGCACAACGAUGAUUACCGGUGUGAUAAAAAAAUCGAUAGAACUAAAUCAUCGAUUGCUGAUGAAUUUGGUGCACUACAUCUGGAUUUGGAUUCACCAGUAUCAGAGGUAUUCUCAAGGUCAGGCUAUUCCAAUGCCAUCGACACGACACCUGAUGAUUCCAUGACCUUGACUGAGGGCGGUCCACCUAGUGUCAGUGUUAGUCUCGGUAGAGUCUGGCUUGACACUGUAAUAAUGCCCUUUCCAUCGGUAUCAUCGGUAUCGUCAAUUAAACACGAGAUCAAAGAGUCAAGUAGUACGUGCAGCAGUGCAAGCAGUUUAACAUCAAAGGCACAUCGAUCCCUCGACUCGGCUCUCAGAGAUCGCAAACAAUCGUCUCAAGUUGUGGUUGCGAGAACAGUAUCAGCGCCAGUUAAAAAAUCCAACAAUCGGUGUACAUUCAAUAGUUUUUCCAUGUCCAUUAGCAAGAUGAAGGAGUUUAAAUCGAAGAAGAAUGGUUUCUUCAGUAAAAAUUCGGGUAAAUCGGGUGGGGCUGGAGGUGGUGAGACCCCGGGAAGCGAUCUGGAGGGUAAUAUCCACACGAGAAGAUCGUCAGGUACUUGUAGAAAUAAUAAUUCAUCGUAUAUCACCAGUGACAUGGCACUAACUCGGGAUCACGAGACUUUUGGCUUUGUGCCACCUGAGAAACGCACGUCAAAGAGAGUCCCUCGAAUUUGGCACGAGAUACGAUACUGUUCAAAUAGUCUCGAUGAUAUUGAAGCCGAUGAAAUGUCGAGUUUCGAAGUGACACCACUUCUCUACGAGUCCAGGGGCUUCCACGAGUGCCAUACACCGGAUGAUUUUUUGAAUUCUUACAAAAGCUCGUCGACCUGUUCAAAAUCGUCAAUCGGCUCGGAAAUCCACGGCCCGAAGAUCAGUGACUUCAACGAGGACAAGAUACUCUCGGAGAAAUUACGGGGAAUUCUCGCCCAAAGGCCCACCUGGCGGCCCAAUGCCCCCCAAAUCGCUGACGACAAUUUCUUCUCAACGAAUUACUUCAAAGACUUCAUUAAACCCAAGGAAAAAAAUUCACCGACUAAUUACUACAGAUGUUUAUCAUCGAGCGAGAGUGAAUCAGACUGUCGUAGAGUCGAUGGCUCUCGGGUUGACAUUAACAAGCGUCGUUUAAUUAAACCAACUGACAACAGUGAUAAGCGGUCAUUCGCGGAUAGAGAGAGACGUAAUUUACCGAAGAGACGGUCACAACCAAAACGAAAGUAUCAACAGCAGUGUCAGUACCAUCAGCGACAGCCUGUAUAUCUCGUCCGCAAGUGCUCCUCAUUGAGACGACGAGCCAGGGACAUUACGCAAAAGGGAUACGAGAAGAAACGAACUCGUCUGCUUCAACAAUAUGCCUCCAAGCAGUUGGGAGGCCGGCUAGUACCUGGGGCUAAUGCCAGUCCUUCGGGAUCUGGUGGCUCAGGGGGGAACCCCACAGUCAAUGCCACUGCUGCAGCCGCUGCUGCUGCUGCUGCACGACGCGGUAAUCGAAGACUCACACGAAAUGAGAGUCGUUACCACUCCGAGGUUCGACAGGAGGCAGUGCAGCAGGCGCUUGCGGCAAUGCAGGGAAGGCCAAAGCCCUCGCUGCCAAUGCCCUCGAAGAGAACAUCAGUAAUGGCGAGAAGUCCCGAUCGUGAUCGUCGGGACAGCGGUGAAUCAAGCAGCGACGAGGACAGCGUUGUAACUGAGGAAUCACCAGGUGCUGGUGGUCCAACUGGCACUGGUUUAUCUGACACAAGUAGUACAGGAUCAGCGCGUGAUACACCACCACCACCAAGACCACCAGCGAGAAGACCACCACCAGCUGACAUAACUGAUAUUGCUGAAUACACACCACACGCUUACUGCAAUAUUCAACCGCCCGAUGUUACGCACACGACGACGCAGUCGAGGAGACCAGGAGCGGAUAGAGUUAAUCGUUAUCACGUUGUGGAUGAGAAUAAUACGGGGACCACGGGAAGGUGGAAGGUGUCGGCUAAGAUUCAACAGCUGUUGAAUACCCUCAAGCGACCAAAACGCAGACCACUGCCGGAAUUCUACGAGGACGAUGACAUCGAGCUUGAAAUCGCUGCCAAUCCGAAGGAUCCGAAUGCACCCAAGCCUGAGGGUGGCACCAUGACACCUGCCCUCGGGGAACAGCUAUCUGUGCCUUCGGGAUUGCCGAGGUCCUUGGAAGCAGCCAUCCAGAGGUAUGGCUCAGCGACGUACAAAGCCCCAGCUGCGACAGUUCUGGAUCCAAAUGGCAAGCUCUGUAUAACCCUGACCUACGGCAAACUCCAGAGCCGAUCCCACAAGAUAGCGUACACCCUCCUCAACAAAGCCCUGAGCCGUAAUCCAGGCGACGUCUGCCUGAAGCCAGGCGACAGAAUAGCCCUAGUCUACCCAAACAACGAUCCCAUAAGCUUCAUGUGUGCAUUCUACGGUUGUCUGCAAGCUGGAAUAGUUCCAGUGCCAAUAGAAGUGCCACUGACACGUCGUGACGCUGGUUCCCAGCAGAUAGGAUUUCUCCUGGGUAGCUGUGGAAUUCAAGUGGCACUGACAAGCGAGGCGUGCCUCAAGGGUCUACCCAAGACAACAGCUGGUGAAGUUGUUGCGUUCAAGGGAUGGCCAAAGCUCCACUGGUUUGUAACUGAACAUCUGGGAAAAACACCGAAGGACUGGCUGCCACCACCGAGACUCACCGAUGAAACCCCAGCGUACAUCGAGUACACAACUGACAAGGAUGGAUCAGUGAUGGGUGUGACAGUGACAAGAGCAGCGAUGCUGUCACACUGUCGAGCCCUGACGAUGGCCUGUGGCUACACUGAGGGUGAGAAUACAGUGUGCGUUCUCGAUUUUAAACGAGAAGUUGGACUCUGGCACAGCACAUUGACGAGUAUUCUCAAUGGUAUGCACGUCAUCUUCAUACCCUAUGCUCUGAUGAAGGUCAAUCCAGCUAGCUGGAUGCAGAUGAUAACGAAACAUCGGGCUAGUGUGGCUGUUGUUAAAUCUAGGGAUCUACACUGGGGGCUUUUGGCAACCAAAGAUCACAAGGACAUAUCCUUGUCGUCGUUGAGGCUUCUACUUGUUGCUGAUGGGGCUAAUCCGUGGUCAUUGUCCUCUUGUGAUCAAUUCCUGUCCGUAUUUCAGUCGAAGGGGCUUCGACCUGACGCCGUUUGCCCUUGUGCAUCGUCCAGCGAGGCUCUCACUGUCUCUGUGAGGCGUCCUGGGAGGGCUGGGGUCAAUGCCACUGGGCGUGGUGUCUUGUCGAUGUCCGGGCUGAGUUACGGGGUCGUUCGCGUCGAUCAGGAGAAUUCAUUGACCUCGUUGACACUUCAGGAUUGUGGACAAGUUAUGCCAGGGAGUAUUGCUGUUGUUGUUAAAAUGGAGGGACAGGCGUUUAUCUGUAAGACAGAUGAAGUUGGCGAGAUAUGUCUGAGGAGUAGUGCAACUGGGAGUCAGUACUGGGGUCUACAGGGGCUCACUAAUAAUAAUUUCAAGGUUACACCUGUGCAAAUGGAUGGUACACCUAUUUCGGGUGGGGCUGAGGGGGAGUACGUCAGGUCUGGAUUACUCGGAUUCCUUGGACCGGGAAAUCUCAUUUUUGUUUGUGGCUCGAGGGAUGGCCUAAUGACUGUAACUGGCAGAAAACACAAUGCCGAUGAUAUUAUUGCUACUGUUCUCGCUGUGGAACCCAUGAAAUUCAUUUAUCGGGGGAGAAUCGCUGUUUUCAGUGUCAGAGUACUCAGGGAUGAGAGGAUAUGUGUUGUUGCUGAGCAGAGACCUGAUUGCAGCGAAGAGGAGAGUUUUCAAUGGAUGUCUCGAGUUCUUCAAGCAGUCGACUCAAUCCAUGCUGUUGGUAUCUACUGUCUGGCUCUGGUGCCACCCAACUAUCUUCCAAAAACACCCCUCGGUGGUAUUCACCUCUCGGAAACAAAACGACGAUUUUUAGAGGGCACUCUCCAUCCAGCCAACGUUCUCCUGUGUCCACACACUUGUGUAACAAAUCUACCAAAACCACGUGAAGUCCAUUCGGCGGGGGAUUCUGUUUCAGACGUUGGUCCAGCUAGUGUGAUGGUGGGUAAUAUAGUCCAGGGAAAUCGUCUGGCAUCAGCACAGGGACGUGAUCUUGGAAUUCUGGAUGAGGAGAGUGAUAAUGCUAAAAAGUACCAAUUCAUCUCCGAAAUUCUCCGAUGGCGUGCCGUCAGCACAUCAGACCACGUGAUCUUCACAUUGCUCAAUGCAAAAGGAGCAGUAGCCACUUCCCUCUCCUGCUCCCAGCUCCACAAGAAAGCCGAGAGAAUAGGCAAUUUGCUCCUAGACAAGGGAAGAAUAAACACUGGUGAUCAUGUAGCUCUAAUAUUUCCACCAGGUACCGACCUGAUAUGUGCAUUCUACGGUUGUCUUUACGUCGGUGCUGUACCAGUGACAAUAAGACCACCCCAUCCCCAAAAUCUCCAGACAACUCUACCAACAGUUAGAAUGAUCGUUGACGUAAGCAAAUCAGUGCUCGUUCUCACAAAUCAGAAUAUGGUGAAAUUACUAAAGAGCAAGGAGGCAAACAAUGUCGUGGAUAUCAAGAGCUGGCCAACAGUCCUCGAUAUGGACGAUAUGCCAAAGAAAAAAUUGCCAGUUAUGUAUCGUGCACCAACAGCUGAGAUGCUGGCUUAUCUCGACUUCAGUGUAUCAACAACUGGAAUGCUAGCUGGUAUAAAGAUGUCUCAUGCUGCUGUUACAUCGUUAUGUCGUGCCAUGAAACUUGCCUGUGAAUUAUAUCCCUCUCGUCACAUAGCCCUCUGUCUCGAUCCCUACUCGGGUCUUGGCUUUGCACUCUGGUGUUUGAGCAGCAUUUACAGCGGCCAUCACUCCAUUCUUAUACCACCAUCCGAAGUCGAGGCUAAUCCAGCCUUGUGGCUAUCAGCUGUCAGCCAGUCAAGGGUCAGGGAUACAUUCUGCUCGUACGGUGUUAUGGAGUUGUGCACUAAGGGGUUGGGCUCUUCGGUACACGCUUUAAAGGCUCGUGGUGUUAGUUUGGCUUGUGUUCGAACUUGCGUUGUUGUGGCUGAAGAGAGACCUCGUAUUGCACUCACUACGAGCUUUAGUAAACUUUUCUCAGCACUGGGACUCAGUCCACGGGCUGUUUCGACGUCAUUUGGGUGUCGUGUCAAUACUGCUAUUUGUUUACAGGGCGCAUCGAGUCCAGAGCCAUCGACAGUUUACGUUGACCUCCGAGCCCUUCGAAACGAUCGGGUUUCACUCGUCGAAAGGGGCAGUCCUCACUCCCUGUGUCUCAUGGAGUCUGGCAAGUUACUACCAGGUGUCAAAGUAAUUAUUGCCAAUCCAGAAACAAAAGGACAAUGUGGUGACUCUCAUCUUGGGGAGAUUUGGGUGCAAUCAGCGCACAAUGCCAGUGGGUAUUUCACCAUCUACGGGGAUGAGAGUGAUUAUGCUGAUCAUUUCAAUGCUCGUCUCGUCACUGGAAAUACUGGAGAGGUUUACGCUAGAACUGGAUAUCUGGGAUUUUUGAGGCGCACUGAGUGUGUUCAGCAGUCGGCUGUCGGUGGUGAUGUAUCUGGUGCUGCCAGUGAUACGUCAGUCUCUGAUCUAGAUAUUUCAGCACCGGGUGAUGCUGAGCUGCACGACGCUGUGUUCGUUGUUGGGGCGUUGGACGAGGCUAUUCUACUCAGGGGAAUGCGUUAUCAUCCCAUUGACAUCGAGAACAGUGUCAUGAGGUGUCACAAGAAAAUAGCUGAAUGUGCUGUAUUCACGUGGACCAAUUUACUGGUGGUUGUUGUGGAGCUCAAUGGGAGCGAGAGCGAGGCCCUGGAUUUAGUUGCUCUAGUAACAAGUGCUGUUCUCGAAGAGCAUCAUCUAGUUGUCGGUGUUGUGGUUGUUGUCGAUCCCGGUGUUGUACCGAUAAAUUCACGAGGUGAAAAGCAGAGGAUGCACCUCAGAGAUGGAUUUUUGGCCGAUCAAUUGGACCCGAUCUACGUGGCGUAUAAUAUGUGAGCACACAUGAAAAAAAUCGCACACUGUCUCAACAUAAUAUUAACAGUUGCAGAAACGUAUGUCGAUAAACAUGACAGAACAAUUUUAUACAAUUUUUAUUUAAUCAAUCGUUGGGUACAUACGUACUGUGAUGUUUACGUACGUAGAGUAAUUGUCUCGUUGUUUUUUUAAACUCUGGUGAUGCCAAAACAAUGCUCUCACACGUUUUUAACAUGUCUGAGGUUGUGUGGGGCAGCUAAAUGUUUUUUUUCUCGUAUAUUAUAAUUUAUUUCUCAAGGCUCCAGUUUGGAGCAGACUGACCGAUCGACUGUAGCAAAAAAAAACAAGAGUUUAAAGAGAAGAAUAAUAAAGUAGGCUCAUUAUUAUUGGAAUAGUUAUCCAAAGGAAUAUGUGAAAUUGUGCAUUUUAGAUCGAUUUCAAGAUUGAAUACUCAGUUAUUCCUCCAAAACGGUCGAUCCAAAUACAAUUAUUUUUACGUAAUUGUAACUCUGGUAAUAAACAGUAUGUAAGGUCAUAAAUUCAAUUGAAUGUCCUUCUGUAAUGAGGACAAUCGCGUACGAAAUAACACUUCAGUUGGCAGUUAUUUUAUCAAGAUUAUUGCCGAUAAUGACUCAAUGAUUUUUAUCCUAUUUUCACUGUGGUUUCUUUUGUAUCGAAAUGAUAAUUGAGCUCAAAUUUUUAAUCCAUUAAUUACCGUAUUAUUUUCUAUUAUUUUUAAAAUGGUCAGGACGUGGUCUUGUCACAAUGGUGUAAAGUUAUUCCCUCCCCUUCGUUUUCUCUUGAAUAAAUUAAAACUUAUCGCCUCUAAGUAAUCGCACACAUGUGGCUCCACAAAUAUUUCUGUUUAUUCUCUCUCUAAUUUCUUUCUAUUUCUCUCUAGACUAGUGCAAUCCGCGUAUUUGUAAAUAUUCCCCGAAGGAUCCCUCCCCUUUUUGUCCUAAAAAAAUUAUUCCCCUGUGAUUGAAAAAAAAAAAACAAUUAUGAAUUGAUUUUCUGGUUAAAGUGACAGACCGAUGCUCAUUGAUCUCCAUUCACCUCCAUAAUUGAUAUCCCCAGACCAAUAUCAAGUACUUCAUCUCAUUUCCAUUGAUCUUUCAAUUUUUCAUAAUGAAUUAGCAAUUACAGUAGCAGCAACGAAUUUACUAAGUAAUUAAAUGAAGUAGUGGAUAAAUAUAAUCAUUUGUUUAUUCCUCGAGUUGACGAUGAGAAUAAUCACGAUAAAUUUCUCCACCUCGAGUUUAUCCACCAUAAGUUAAUGUGGAUCCUCUUAUUUCUUGGCCUAGUGUCUCAUUUACCGAUCAAGCUUCUCAUUAUCACUACAUUAAACACAAUAAUUCAAUAGCAAAUUAAUAAAUAAACGAGUGAAAAUUUCCAUUGAACCGUUUGGGAGAUAAACCGAUUAAUCUAUUGCUUUGCUGAUGAAUUAAAUCAAUUAACAUAAUCGAAAGGAAUAAUGAAAAUCAAUUCAACCUGCGUUAUCAGGAAUAUAUGAAAAUUUAUCGCGAGUGAUAAUAGCGUGUGUGAGAAAUGUCGUUUAUAUUAUGUAUAAAUGUUGAUACUAGUAGUUGGUAAGAAUGUGGAAUACUUGUCAUUUUUAUUAGAUUAAUUGCCCGUAAGGUGUACCGUAACUUUCAUUGACUAUUUUCCCCUCAAUCAUUAUCUUAUCAUUUUUUUUAAUCUUCCCGCGGCUGCGUCACCCCCACAAUAAUUCAUCCCCCUCCGCAGUCUGGAGCCGCGUGAUGUGCAUGUGUACAUAUAAACAAUAAACUCCCGUUUCCUAGUAUAAUGACAUUAUAAUUUGUACGUUGAUUAUAUAUACUUAAAAAGCAACAAUAAUUGUCACUAGGACACGUAAUCCCCGACUUGUCGCGUUCGAAUCUCCAGAUUUGUGUUUCCGAUAAAAAAAAAAACGAAAAUAGAAAUAAAAGCUGGAGUAAAUGGAAGGAUUCGAUUAAAAUCAGAUACCCCAGGCUUUGGCACUUGCUGAUGACGAUUUUUCACGACUGCUGGUUAGCAGCAAUUUUUGUAGUUUUUUGUAACGAUUCAACAAGUGGCAAAUGUGGAAAAUAAGAAUUAUUGCGUUGAAUAAAAUUUUUCACGAGACGACAAAUGCCAGUUCAAUCCAGUGUACGUUCAUUAAUGUUUAUAAACGUACCUCUUUUUUUAUUUAAUUUGUAAUAUUCAGAAAUACAGUAAUCUACGUGGACAAUUGCACAGAGCAAGUCAUCAUCAAUAAACGUAAUGUAAAUUUUUUAAA